AUGUAUGUCUUACUACUUCCAGACUGCAUGGAUCAAUCCAAGUACACAAUCACCACCGCGAUUUCCUGCACAGCUCACAUAAACAACAUCUCUUCUUCCAUAAUGUCUGAAAACAUACAGGUGAUUGUGCGGUGCAGAGCCCGCAGCAAAAGAGAAGUCGCCGCUAACUCUCCGCCUGUGAUAGAGCUUCCGAACGAUGUUUUCAGCGCCCAGGAACCGUACGUGGGUGUUUCCACAGACCAGCCUUCACUUCUAAGCGCCAGAUCGAGUUUCCCAGGAGGAAAAGUGUUUAAAGUGGACCAGGUGUACGGGCCCAAUGCCGACCAGCAGCUAUUAUUUGAAAACGUGGCUCUCCCGUUGUUUGACGACUUUGUCAAGGGCUUAAACGUCACGAUUCUCGCCUAUGGCCAAACUGGGUCGGGCAAAACGUACUCCAUGUGCGGCGAUUUGGAAGGCGAGCACGCGGGGAUCAUCCCAAGGGUUCUCUCGCGGCUUUUUUCCGUCUUGAACGGCGACUAUAUGGUCAAGCUAUCGUGCGUCGAGCUAUAUAAAGAAGAGCUUCGAGAUCUUGUUAAUGACGAGUUGGACUUGGCUCCGAUCAAAUCAAAACUCCGUCUCGUAAGCGAUACCUCAGGACCUGGCCCGUCCUCCUCCACCAUAAUCCACAACUUGUCCCAGAUCCACAUUGACAGCAGCGAAAUGGGCUUUAAUAUCCUCAAAAAGUGUCUCACCAAGCGCCGCACUGGCUCCACGCGUGUGAACGAUCUUUCAUCGCGGUCCCAUGCCAUUUUCACCAUUAAUCUUUACCGUGAAGUCAAAAACGCAGCAGGCUCCUCCGAAUAUCGCAUUUCAAAAAUGAAUCUAGUGGAUUUGGCUGGUUCCGAAGACAUCAAUAAAUCGGGUGCAAUUAACGAACGCGCACGUGAAGCAGGCUCCAUAAACCAAAGUUUGCUUACCCUUGGAAAAGUCAUAAAUUCGUUGUCUGAGGGAAAAGAGCAAAAACAUAUUCCAUACCGAGAAUCAAAGCUAACGCGAUUACUCCAAGGUUCAAUCGGAGGGAAAACAAAGACAGCAUUAAUCGCUACGAUAUCCCCGGCAAAGAUCAAUGUACACGAAACAAUCAGCACCCUAAACUACGCAUCCAAGGCGAAGAACAUCCGAAACUUGCCGCAGUCGUCAUUUGAUAGCGAAAUGAUCUUGAAGAAAGUGCUUGUGAGCGAUUUGUCCGGGCCAAAUCUCUCGCAUGACCAGAGAUUUGAUGGCAAACAAAGACAAGGAGAAUGGUAUCAGGAUGAGUGUCCUGAACUACGAGGAACUCAAUAA